AUGAUAACCGGCGGCAGCCGAGGUCUGGGUCGCCGCAUCGCGGAAGCGCUGGGACGCGAGGGGUGCGCCAUAUCCAUAUGUGCCCGGGACGAAGAAGACGAGGGCCGGCAGGUUGAGGCGGAAAUCAACGAGCAGGGCGGGGAGUGCCUCUUCCUGCGGCUUGACGUGACCAGCGAGGCCAACUGGCAGGACGUGGUGGCCGCCACGGUGGAGCGGUUCGGCAAGCUGGAUAUCCUGGUCAACAACGCCGGCAUCUACCGGACCGAGACGGUGGAGGAGACCAGCGAGGAAUUGUGGGACCUGGUAAUGGACAUCAACGGCAAGGGCGUGUUCCUGGGCACCAAGGCCGCCAUUCCGGAGAUGCGCAAGGCCGGCGGCGGUUCGAUUAUCAACAUCUCCUCCGUGGCAGGGCUGGUGGGCAGCGAAAUGUCGGCAGCCUAUGGUUCUUCCAAGGGCGCGGUGCGAAUCUUCACCAAGGCCACAGCCAUCCAGUACGCCGGAGACAAGAUCAGGGCUAACUCCAUCCACCCGGGGAUUAUCGAGACGCCCAUGACUGCACAUAUGCUGGCCGACGCGGAGCAGUACCAAUAUCGGCUGGGCCGCACCCCCAUCGGUCGCAUCGGCAGGCCCGAGGACGUGGCUUUCGGGGCGCUGUACCUGGCCUCUGAUGAAUCUUCCUUCGUCACCGGCAGCGAGUUGGUGAUAGAUGGGGGAAGGACGGCGAUGUAG